CAUAACUGUAAUAACCCCAAAAUAAAUUGAAGUAAAUAAAAUGUCAAUAUUGCGAAAUUUGUCGAAAGUAAUAAAUAUUUUUACCUCGCGUGAGACAUCCAAAAAUGUAAUCCUUAGCGUUGUGCGAACUAAUAAAACGUUUAGCGGUUCAAUAAAAGUACCAAAAACAAAGGAUAAGGAGCCGGGUGAAGUUAUAAAAUGGGUUCUAAUGAUGAUCCCUGUGACGUCAUUUGGUUUGGGCUGCUGGCAAGUGUACCGAUUGCAGUGGAAGCUCGAAUUACUCGAAAUCCUUCAAGCGAAAUCUAACUCUGCACCUGUAGAAAUUCCAGAUGACUUCGAAGCACUAGAAAGUAUGGAGUAUAGACCAGUCAAAGUUAAAGGCGAGUUCUUACACGAAAGAGAAAUUCUGAUUGGCCCUAGGGCUCUGAUUGAAAAUGAUGUCAUUAUGCCCCGUACUGGUUCACUCAUAUCAGAUCCUAAGAAGAACCAAGGUUGGCUUGUAAUAACCCCUUUUAAAUUAUCCGAGACUGGAAAAAUAAUUUUAGUUAAUAGAGGAUGGAUACCACAGAGUAUGCGUCCUAAAGAAAAACGAAAACCCUCAAUGAUUUCUGGUGAAGUUGAGCUGACUGGAUUAGUACGUCUUACUGAAGUUCGCAGCCCGUUUAUGCCGAAAAAUAGUCCAGAAAAGGGCUCAUGGCUCUACAGAGAUUUGGAUCAAAUGAGCGCUUCUCUUGGUACUGCACCUGUUUGGUUAGACGCAAAGGGAAUCCCUGAUCCGCCUUCAGGUUGGCCCCUACCAAAUCAGACUAGAGUGACAAUGAGGAACGAGCACUUAUCGUACCUUAUCACCUGGUACAUGCUGUCGGCCUUCACAGGAGCAAUGUGGCAUCGUUACUUUAUAAGAAAACUCCCGCUGUUAUAAAUCAAGUAUUUGUACAUACUCUAAUCGCUUUUAUAGUAUUUUAGCUAAGCUUCAAUAUAAAUAUAAUAAUUUAAA